AUGUGGGCACGAGCUGCUAAGGUUGGGAAUGGCUUAUCAAAAGAGGAAAAGGCUCAGAAAUUAGCUCUUCACCAUUGGCUCGAAGCUGCAGAUCCACACUGCCUAUAUCUUUGCGAGUUUUCAUCAAAGUCAAGUGCCGUUAUUGAUAUUGCUUCCACGACUUGCACUUUCUAUUAUGAGGUCUGGUCAGAGAGCAAAUCACCCUCACAGCCAUUCUUUUACUGGUUGGAUAUAGGAGAUGGCAAAGAUGUAAAUCUUGAGAAACAUCCUAGAAACGUUCUGCAAAAACAAUGCAUCAAAUACUUAGGACCGAUGGAGAGAGAAGCAUAUGAAGUGAUAGUGGAAGAUGGGAGACUAAUGAAUAAACAGAGCAUGACUCUGAUCAAUUCAACAGAGGAAGCCAAGUCGAUUUUUGUACUUAGCACGACUAGAACCUUAUACGUAGGGAUUAAAAAGAAAGGCGUUUUCCAGCACUCAAGUUUCUUAUCUGGAGCCGCCACUACAGCUGCAGGAAGAUUGGUCGCCCGCGAAGGGAUCCUUGAGGCUAUAUGGCCAUAUAGUGGACACUAUCUCCCAACAGAAGACAACUUUAAAGAGUUCAUAAGCUUCUUAGAGGAGCACAAUGUUGAUCUCACCAAUGUCAAGAGAUGUUCUGUGAAUGAGGAAUAUUCGUCAUUCAAAUCAACUGCAGAUGAAGAAGAAGAAAGAAAGGAAGUCUCAGAAGAAAUUGAGAUGCCUUCAGAGCAGGAAGAGAGAGCGAGACAUGUGUUUGAUCCUGUAAAGAGACUGUCUUGUAAAUGGACAAGUGGAUAUGGUCCAAGAAUUGGGUGUGUUAGAGAUUACCCAAUGGAGCUACAGGCACAAGCACUGGAGCAAGUCAGUCUCUCUCCUCGGGUUUCGCCAGCUAAUUCUUAUGGACCAAUUCCAUCUCCAAGGCCUAGUCCUAAAGUGAGGGUGUCUCCACGCUUAGCAUACAUGGGAAUCCCAAGCCCUAGGGCUGUAAAGUGUUGAAAUUUAAAACACACGUUUUUACUUGUUAUCCAAGAAAGGGUGGGGUUAGAAGAGAAGAGAAACUAACCUCCAUUUUUCUUUCUAGUUACUUUAAUUUCUUCUGUAUAUUUCUCGAGUAUUGCAACAUUUUGUUGUUCUUUUGAUAAAUUCUCUGGUUAGAUCAAGACUUGAUAAUGCUAGAGAUAGACACAGUCGACUUGUGGCCCAUUUGGGUAAAUAAUUAAUUAAAAUUUAUGCAGAAAUUAACAUUUUUGAA